AUGGCGUCAGAGAGGCAGCAGGCGGUCUCAGGCGGCGGCGGCGCGGCGCCGAUGUGCGCCAACAGCGGCUGCGGCUUUUUCGGGAGCGCCGCGACCAAGAACAUGUGCUCCAAGUGCUACAAGGAACACGUGACGAAGAUCGCUGCCGCCGUCGCUCCGCCUGUCACCGAGAAGUGGCCGACGAGUCGCUCCGUGGCGACCAAGAACCUAUGCUCCAGCUGCUACAGGGACUUCCUCAAGGCCGUCGACGCCGACUUCCUCAAGGCCGUCGACGCCGGCCCCGCCGUGGCUGGGAAGAUCGAGGUCGCGCCCGAGCAGCCGCCGCCUGAGGCCUCCUCUAGUGCUAGCGCAGCGCCGGCGGCGAAGCCAGCGCGGAGCAGGUGCGCGUCGUGCAACAAGAAGGUCGGACUGCUGGGGUUCGUCUGCCGCUGCGGCAGCACCUUCUGCUCGCUGCACCGCUACACCGACGAGCACGCCUGCGAAUUCGACUUCCAGACGGCGGGCCGCGAGCAGAUCGCCAAGAAGAACCCACUCGUCGUGGCGCCCAAGAUCAACAAGAUCUGA